AUGCAAAUCUUUGUCAAGACUCUUACCGGUAAAACUAUCACUCUGGAAGUCGAAUCUUCCGACAACAUCGAAAACGUAAAGCAAAAAAUACAAGACAAAGAAGGUAUUCCACCAGAACAGCAACGUCUAAUCUUUGCUGGCAAGCAACUCGAAGAUGGUCGCACCCUCGCCGACUAUAACAUCCAAAAAGAGUCUACGCUUCACCUUGUUCUUCGUCUGCGAGGCGGUAUGCAAAUCUUUGUGAAAACGUUGACCGGUAAAACCAUCACUCUCGAAGUGGAGAGUUCCGACACUAUUGACAACGUCAAGCAGAAAAUCCAAGAUAAAGAGGGUAUCCCUCCCGACCAGCAGAGACUGAUUUUUGCCGGCAAGCAGUUGGAGGACGGACGUACUUUGGCAGAUUAUAACAUUCAGAAGGAGUCGACGCUACAUUUGGUGUUGCGUUUGCGUGGUGGUGGGAAGGUGACCAAGUGUAAGUUUGGAGAGUGUAAGGAUAAGGUUACCAAGAUUGUCGGCCAUUGUCGAUAUUGUAAUUUGGACUUUUGCGGUAGACAUAGACUGCCUGAGGCACAUGCUUGCGUCAAUCUGACUAGUUGUAAGCAAGCAAGUUUCGAGAAGAACGCUGCCAAGCUGCGGAGCGAACA